CUCCAACCUGUCGCCUUCUCGGCCUCUUUUGAUGCUGGCUGGGUGAGGAGGAGCUUGCCUGGAGCUUCAGCGGCACCGCCACCUCCACCAGCAAGAGCAGCUGCCGCGCCUGGUGACGGCGAGACCGGAGCCCUGAGGGGAGAGCGAGCGGGCGAGCGGCAGGCAGGCAGGCAGGCAGGCGGACGGGCUGGCGCGUCGCCUUCCUUGCCACAGGAGCCGUUUCGCCUCUUCUUCGCCGCCCGCCCGCCCUCUAUUGUCUCCACCGGCUUCCCUCCAACAGGUCCUGGCGAAGGAGCUCCCCGCGCUUUUCCCCGGCGGCGCCUCGCUUCCUCUAGCCGCCUUCAGCGCCAUUCCUCGAGCAAGGGAGGCUUCCGGCUCUCUGCCGGGGCGGCGGCUCUCGCCGGCUGAGGCGUCGGGGGAGGAUGCUGCGGGCGCUUGCGGGUCCGACGCCUUUCCCCUGGCGGCGGCUCCCUGCCUCCUGUUGAGGCGCGAGGAGAGACGAGGGAGGGCGAGAGCCGGGCGGAGACCCCCCGAGCGACGGGAGUGGGGCAUUCGCGGCUUGGGCGAGCGCUUCCGAAAGUCAGGGAUUCUCUUCCCGACGAGGAGUACUAUGGACUGAGCCCGCGGUCUCCUCCUCCUCCUCCUCCUCCUGCGCUAUGGAGGCCCCGCCGGUCUGUUUGAGCACCUUGUGCUUGCUCGUCUGCUUGGGCUCAGUUUUCAGCUUUGGCGUGGACCCUUCGUUGCAGAUCGACGUGCUGAGCGAGCUGCAGUUGGGGGACUCCGUGGCUGGCGUGCUGCAAGUCCAAGGGCUGCACAACGGGAGCAAAGCUUUCUUCUUCCAAGGUACUUCAAGAACUAUAAGAGCAUCUCCAGAGAAAGCUGAACUUCUUUUCCAGAAGCUGAGAAAUAAACAUGAAUUCACAAUUUUGGUGUCACUCAAACAAGCUCGCUUAAACUCAGGUGUUAUUUUUUCUAUUCACCACUUAGAUCACAGGUAUUUGGAGCUAGAAAGCAGCGGGCAUAGAAAUGAAAUUAGAUUGCACUAUCGUUCAGGAACCCAUCGCUCACAUACGGAAGUAUUUCCUUACAUUUUGGCAGAUGACAAGUGGCACAGGCUGUCUUUAGCAAUCAGUGCAUCACAUUUGAUUUUGCACGUGGACUGUAAUAAAAUUUAUGAGAGAGUUCUGGAGAAGCCUUACAUGGAUUUACCUGUUGGCACUGCAUUUUGGUUGGGACAAAGGAACAGUGCACAUGGCUACUUUAAGGGUAUAAUGCAAGAUGUGCAAUUACUUGUCAUGCCUCAAGGAUUUAUCUCUCAGUGCCCAGAUCUUAAUCGCACAUGUCCAACGUGUAAUGACUUCCAUGGGCUUGUGCAGAAGAUUAUGGAACUACAAGAUAUUUUAGCAAAAACCUCUGCAAAGCUGUCCCGAGCUGAGCAGAGAAUGUCUAGGUUGGAUCAGUGCUAUUGUGAAAGAACCUGUACUAUGAAGGGUGUGACCUACAGAGAAUUUGAAUCUUGGACAGAUGGCUGUAAGAACUGCACAUGCAUGAAUGGUACUAUCCAAUGUGAAGCACUGAUAUGUCCACCUUCGGAUUGCCCUCAGAAUUCUGCACCUGCAUAUGUUGAAGGCAAGUGCUGCAAAGAAUGCCAACCAAUAUGUGUGUUUGAAGGCAAAACCUACUUUGAAAGUGAAAGAGAAACCUUACAUUCAAACUCAGGGGACUGCAUUCUGUUUGAAUGCAAGGGCUACAAGAUGAAACGUGUACUCAAGCUGGAUUGUCCUGCCUUGAACUGUCCUGAAUCUCAACAAAUCUCCCUGUCUAACAGUUGUUGCAAAGUUUGUAAAGGCCACAACUUUUGUUCUGAAGGACACCAGUGCUUGGAGAAUUCCUUCUGUAGGAACCUUGAAGACCGGGCUGUCUGUAGCUGCCGAGAUGGCUUCCGAGCCCUUCGCGAGGACAAUGCAUACUGUGAAGAUAUUGAUGAAUCUGCUGAAGGGAAGCAUUAUUGCCGGGAGAAUACUGUAUGUGUAAACACUCCAGGAUCGUUCAUGUGUAUCUGCAAAGCAGGUUACAUCAGGAUUGAUGACUACUCAUGUACUGAGCAUGAUGAAUGCCUCACAAACCAACACAAUUGUGAUGACAAUGCACUCUGCUUCAAUACUGUUGGAGGCCAUAACUGUAUUUGCAAGCCAGGUUAUACUGGAAACGGCACUGUAUGCAAAGCAUUCUGCAAAGAUGGUUGUAGAAAUGGUGGAGCCUGCAUUGCUUCCAAUGUCUGUGCCUGUCCACAGGGUUUCACAGGGCCUAGUUGUGAAACUGACAUUGAUGAAUGCUCAGAUGGCUUUGUUCAAUGUGAUAGUCGUGCCACCUGUAUUAACUUGCCCGGAUGGUACCACUGUGAGUGCAGGGAUGGAUACCAUGAUAAUGGCAUGUUUUCACCUGGUGGAGAGUCAUGUGAAGACAUUGAUGAAUGUGCCACAGGGAGGCACAGCUGUGCCAAUGACACCAUUUGUUUUAACCUGGAUGGUGGCUAUGACUGUCGGUGUCCACAUGGGAAGAACUGCACAGGAGACUGUGUCCAUGAAGGCAAGGUCAAACACAAUGGGCAAAUUUGGGUCUUGGAGAACGAUAGGUGCUCUGUCUGCUCCUGCCAGAGUGGAUAUGUAAUGUGCCGACGAAUGGUCUGCGAUUGUGAGAAUCCCACCGUUGACUUAUUUUGCUGCCCUGAAUGUGACCCAAGGCUCAGUAGCCAAUGUUUACACCAAAGUGGGGAGAUCUUAUAUAACAGUGGAGACACCUGGGUUCAAAACUGUCAGCAGUGCCGGUGUUUGCAGGGUGAAGUUGACUGCUGGCCUUUGCCUUGUCCAGAGACAGAAUGUGAAUUCAGCGUCCUCCCUGAGAAUGAGUGUUGCCCUCAUUGCGUCACUGACCCCUGUCAAGCAGACACCAUUAGGAAUGAUAUAACCAAGACUUGUCUGGAUGAAACUAAUGUGGUUCGCUUCACUGGGUCAUCUUGGAUUAAGCAUGGCACUGAAUGCACCCUCUGCCAAUGCAAGAAUGGACAUGUCUGUUGUUCAGUGGAUCCACAGUGCCUUCAGGAACUGUGAGGCUAAUGACCGUGCAUUGUAGGCUGUUUCUGGAUAUAGAAUUUUCUUUUUCAAAAGACUUGUAGACCAAAAAUUGUAUAAAGCCAAAACUGGAGCAAGAUCAGUUUUGUCCAAUUAAAGUGCGGAAAUGCUAUGAAUUGAAUGAGCUGUCAGUUUCCUCAGUCUGAGUGAAAUGUGUAAAACUAGGAACAAGUUCAGAUGUAUAAACCUGUGUUUGGAUGUGAGGUUCAACUUCUGGUUCAUCUUGUGUUUGACAUCAAUAUGUAAGAUAUUGGACUAGAGCGAGAAAAUGACGUGAGCAGAAAUAUGUCGGAAUCCUCAAGCAAGGAAAAUAUUUCUUGAUUUUUGCGAAUACACUUCAUCCCUGGACACUGAGGUUCUUUUUGUU